AACAGUGCAGCUAGAAAGAACAGACCAAAAGUUUAUUGAGUUCAUCCAAGUUCUACAGAAAUAACAGAAGUCUUCUGGAGUCUUCUGUCCCUCGUUUCUUUCGUAUUAGCGACAGGUUGUGCUUGAUUUCACUUUCAAUCCUUUCAAAUUAAGUGAGCAACGCCAUUCUGGUGUGCGCGGACGCAAGUCUCGUCAAGUCUCGUAUGUCGAGAUUGACAAGUCAACAAGUCGAAUCAACAAAUAUAGUCUCUUUUUUACUGAUGAAAUUUUUACCGCGCCGCGGCAAGAAAGCGAUGAUAUGACUUGUAAAGUUCAACGUGACUUUGAAUUAAAAUUCAUCGUGUCAUAACGCGGCGUGACAAAAAUUCGUCCGACAACUAACGGCAAAGAAUUUUUGUUUAGCGCCGGUUACGCGCCGAACAGCUAAGAUUAAAAUGGAAUCAGUGGGACAGAGUCAGCUAUCUAAUACCAAUGACAGUUCUGAUACCAAGGGGAGCUGCUUAUUACUUCGCUAUGCUAGCCAAAAUUCUUUGGACGAAAGCUCACAGAAGCAUAUUCCUCGUGAAAAUGGAAAGGAUAAACCACCAUAUAGAAAUCAUCAUCACACAAAUCGAGCCUUUGAUGUUAUCAAUGAGAUGAGAAAGAAAAAUUUACUCUGUGACGUCAUCCUGGUAGCAGACGGUGGUAUGGAAGUACCAGCUCACAAAAUGGUCCUUGCUGCAUGUAGUCCUUACUUUUAUGCCAUGUUUACGAGUUUUGAGGAGCGUGAUCAACAGAGAAUAACGUUGCAAGGCGUGGAUUACUCAGCGUUAGAAUUAUUGGUAGAUUAUGUUUAUUCCGCCAAAGUCCAUGUCACAGAAGAUAAUGUACAGGUGCUCCUACCCGCUGCAAAUUUGCUACAAUUAACGGAUGUUCGUGACGCCUGUUGCGACUUCUUACAAGCGCAGUUACAUCCGUCUAAUUGUCUCGGUAUUAGAGCAUUUGCGGAUUUGCAUGGAUGUCUCGAGUUAUUGGCACAUGCAGAUAGUUACAUCGAACAGCAUUUCUCAGAAGUGGUUGACACAGAAGAAUUUUUAACGCUAGCACCUGAACAAGUAGCUAAACUCAUCUGUAGCGAUCGUUUAAUGGUACCUUCCGAAGAAAAAGUGUUCGAAUGCGUUAUUUCAUGGGUACACCACGAUCUUGAAAAAAGACAAAACAAUUUGGCUCUGUUAAUGGAACAUGUGCGCUUGCCUUUGCUUUCUCAAGAAUAUCUAGUACAACGAGUGGAAGAGGAACCACUCCUCAAAGCGAAUUUACAAUGCAAGGAUUUCCUGAUUGAAGCCCUAAAAUAUCAUUUAUUGAAAGGUGAGCAAAAAUCAUUAUUCAAAACUCCGCGUACAAAACCAAGGCAACCAAGAGGAUUACCUAAAGUAUUACUCGUUGUUGGUGGUCAAGCGCCAAAAGCGAUAAGAAGUGUUGAGUGCUACGACUUUAAGGAAGAAAAAUGGUAUCAAGUUUCCGAGCUACCCACACGACGAUGCAGAGCCGGACUCUGUGUUCUCGGUGGACGUGUAUAUGCCGUUGGUGGAUUCAACGGAUCAUUGAGAGUAAGAACGGUUGAUAUUUACGAUGCUGCGGCAGAUCAGUGGUCACCUUGUCCUGAGAUGGAGGCGAGGAGAUCCACGCUCGGUGUAGCCGUGCUUGGCAAUUGCGUUUACGCUGUCGGUGGCUUUGAUGGUUCAACGGGGUUAAAUUCGGCCGAAGUUUAUGACCCACGAACUCGCGAAUGGAGACCAAUAGCACGAAUGUCAACGCGGCGUAGUAGCGUAGGAGUCGGCGUCGUCAAAGGAUUGCUGUAUGCUGUUGGCGGUUACGAUGGAGAAUCUCGACAAUGUCUCUCCAGUGUCGAGUGCUAUAAUCCAGAGAAAGAUCAAUGGAAAUCUGUGCCUGAAAUGUCGGCACGUCGCAGCGGUGCAGGUGUUGGUGUUCUGGAUGGUAUUUUAUACGCGGUAGGAGGUCACGACGGUCCAUUAGUACGAAAAAGCGUAGAAGCAUUCAAUCCAGAGACGAAUCAGUGGACUCCUGUUAGUGAUAUGGCAUUGUGUCGUCGUAAUGCCGGUGUUGUAUCAUUAAACGGACUUUUAUAUGUGGUGGGUGGAGACGAUGGUUCCUCCAGUUUGGCAUCAGUAGAAGUGUAUUCUCCAAGAACAGAUACCUGGACUACUUUGCCGACUUAUAUGGGAGUUGGACGUAGUUAUGCGGGUGUGGCGAUCAUCGAUAAGCCAAUGGCCACUGCAACGACAAUGUGAGGUCUACAAUCCGCUGGGCAUGCGACAG